AUCUAGUGAGCACUUUCUUUGCUCGCAAGCAAGUUCGUGGCUUCAGUCAGCAAUUCGUUUUUUUGCAUGUAAUUUAAAAGAAAAAUACCUAAUAAGUAAAAUAAACUAAAUUAAAUUGAACAAAUGCUGCUAAUUUCAGGGUUGAGAACCGGGAAGUAGCAAAGGAAGUCCAGAACUUUCAAUUUGUAUAGAAAUUAGCCGAGAAAAAAAUGCAUACGAUAAGUUGCCCAAAAGUGGAGUGAUGAAAUUAUAAAAAGGAAUAAAAUGAAAGGCGGACAGAGCAGACAAGGAAAUAAAAUAAUCAAACAAAGGAAAGUGAAGUGAAAGAGGGCAAAGCAACGACCGAAGAAACGAUUUUUUUGCACGCCAGUAAACGAAGACGAAAAGCGAAGCGAACUAGCGAGCGAGCAAGUUUUCGAUCAGUUAAAAAUUGUUAAUGUGGUCGGAAAAGGAGCACAUUUUAAAAAAUUAAAAUUUGCUAGUUUGACAUUGAACGGUGCACAUAAUAUAAUAGAUUUUUAUUACAUAUUGAUUUCGCGAACCAGUGGAUUGGAGUACGUGUCGAAUUAUAAGCAAAGCGAAACUGUGUAACACACCAGCAAUUGAACGUGUGCCGGUGCUCCACUAAAAAGUCAAGAUUCUUAGCUACGGCAGCAAUUCCUAUAAUAACGCUUAUAACAGCUCAAUCGCCGCAGCCACGCUCCACAAGCAGCCCGCAGUGCCGCCACUACCACCCCCAAUUAUGUUUGUCAAUUCGAUGACGUUUCGCGGCAAUCCCGCUCCCAACCAUCAUUACGCAGGCCACCCAUUGGCCACAGCACAUCAUCCGCAACAACCGCAAUUGCAUCAUCAUGCCGCCACAGGACAAGCUGGCGGGCCGAUGGCACAUCAUCCAUCGGCAGCGCAUGGUACGCAUCCAGGAAGCCAUCCCGGAACGGCAAAUAACAAUAUUCAUCAUGCCGCCUCGGCCAUGAGCCGUCAUGCACAGCAUGCACCAAUGGGAAUGGGUAGUGGAAACAUCACUUCAAUGUCGCCUCAUAUGCCUAACAAUGGCAGCGGCAUGCCCGGAAGCGGUAAUGGUAGCGGUGGCAGUUCUAGCUCUGCAGAUAGUGGUAAAAUUUAUAUUAAAAAUUUGGAACGCUCCAUUGACAACAAAGCUGUCUACGAUACAUUCUCGGUUUUUGGCAACAUACUAAAUUGCAAUGUAGCCAAAGAUGAGGAUGGCAAUUCACGAGGAUAUGGUUUUGUGCAUUUCGAUUCUGAAGAAGCAGCACGCACUGCCAUUGAAAAGGUUAACGGCAUGCUGUGCAACAAUCAGAAGGUGCAUGUCGUGAAAUUUAUACCACGUCGCGAUAGGGAGCAGGAGAAAGCUACACAGUUUAGGAAUUUAUAUGUGAAGAAUCUGAACGAAGAUUUUACUGACCAGCAUUUGCGUGAAAUGUUCGAGCCGUAUGGACGCAUAACAAGUCAUAAGGUCAUGCUCGAUGAGGAAGGUCGUUCACGCCGUUUCGGUUUUGUGGCUUUUGAGAGUCCACAGUCAGCACUAGCCGCAGUUAUUGGCCUAAAUGGCAAGCAAUUGGGUGACAAUAAGUUUUUGUAUGUAGCACGUGCUCUCAACAAGAUCGAGCGGCAGCAGGAGAUCAAUCGAAAACUUGAAGAACGCAAACGGCAGAAGGCUGGACAAGUAUUUUAUUAUUAAAUAGCGGAGAUGAAAGCAAAAUAACAAAAAAAUUUGACAGUAAAAGUAAUGAGAAAUGGAUUUUGAGCUAAAGAUUGCGAUUUGCGAUUAAUGAAUUGUGGUGAGAAUUUAAGAUUAUUGCCGAGCUCAUGAAAUGGUAAGAUAAGAAGAAAGUUGUCAUGAAGCGUUAGUGAGUAAGCUUCAAAAAUGUAGUUGAUACGACUUAGGUUGGAAGAAUUUCAAAACAAAAAUGAUAAGUAAGAAUUUCGUAAGAGAAUGUCGAUGCAACUUUAUUGAAAAAAAAUAAUUCGAAUACACAUAUAUAAUUAAGAAUUACAUUAAAAAUACAAAAAAAAAAAUAUUAAGCAAAAAGUAAAACCUAAACACACACAUACAACAAAUACAUAUAUGUACAUGUAGAAAUGUAAACUUUAAAGCUAAAAUUAUGGAAUUUCCCUUUUUGAUUUCGAUGUUAAAAGCAAGUUUACAUUAGUAAAAAAACAUAAAUUAAAGAAAACUCUAAAAAAGAAUGCUUAUUGUUAAAAUUUAACGAAUUAAAAAAAUAUUCUACAAAAAAAAAAUAUAACUGCAUAAGUAAAAACAAAAACGUUGUAUAGAAACGCGGUGAUUUACUGGCAGUUUAACGUUGGUUACACAGUAGAACUUAUGGAUGUCACAUUGAGUAGAGCUCAAUGAUUUGCAAAUAAAAAAAAUUUAAAAUUCCACUUCAAAUUAAAUGGCAUAUGUAUGUCCCUAUUAAUAUAUUACUAUUAUAUAGCAACUAUGUAUAACAAAUAUUCAUGCACUUCUUGAAUACACCAUAAUGUACACAAACAAACAAAAAAACACCUCAACCCAUUCACUCAUACUUGAACACAAAUCAAUAUUUUUUUGCUUCGAUAAUUGUAAAGUUUAAUUUUUCGUCACAAAUCGGCAAAAAACAAAUACCUACAACACUGAUUGUACGGGCGUCAUAUAAAUUUCAGAAAUAUAAAAAAAUAUGCUAAUACAUAUAAUCAAGAGAAGUACAUUAUUAUUAAAUUACUCACUGUUCAAAACUAAGAAUAUACCCCAAUUCCGCAUUAUGUAUAAGAGUAUUUAAUUGUAUUGCAAGAAACAGAAUCGAAACAUCAGAAAAAUGGCUAAGUGCGAGAAAUAACAACAAAAGAUGUCUGAAGACCAUAAAGAUUAACAAAAAAAUGUCGAGAAUAACAAGAAAAUUUUCAAGUAAAAAAUGCGACCAAUUUUAAGGUUAGUUGUAUAACAUGUAAUUUAAAGGCAAAUGCAAAAAAAAAAAACAAAAAUAAAUAAAAUGACGUAAAACUAAAGAAACUGCAAUGGUGUAAAAACAAGAACUUAGUUAUGUGUAAAAAA